AUGAGUGUGCUUGCAUGGAACUGUCGGGGAAUGGGCAAUCCUCGAACAGUUCAGAGACUCUGCAAAUGGAGUCAAAAGUAUAGCCCAAACAUUCUAUUCAUUUCCGAAACCAAAAUAGAAAGUAGGAUAGUAGAAGAUUUAAGGGGAAGGUUAGGCUUCCAUGGAGCGUUUGGUGUUUCUAGCAAUGGGCGGUCAGGAGGGUUAUGUGUAUUCUGGAGAGAAAAGGUGGACUUCAAACUUAUCUCUUACUCGCAACACGACAUUUGUGGGGACAUUUGGAGCGAGGGGAAAGUGCUUUGGAGAUUUGUAGGCAUAUACGGGUGGGCAAGGAUAGAGGAAAAGCCGAACACAUGGAAACUUAUGAGGCAGCUACGUGAAGAUGAUGUGCCAAUUUUAUUUGGAGGGGAUUUUAAUGAAUUACUUUCAUAUGAUGAGAGGGAGGGUGGUGCACAGGGUGAAAGGAGGGAAUUAGAGAAUUUUAGAGUAGCCCUUAGUGAUUGUAUGUUGCGUGAUUUGGGAUACCGGGGCACGUGGUAUACUUGGGAAUGGGGAAAUUCUCCUAGUACAAGGGUACGGGAAAGGCUAGACAGAUUUCUAGGCUCAUCCUUGUGGUGCUCAAUGUUCAAAGAAGUAACAGUGGAUCAUCUACUAAGAGUUAACUCAGACCAUGCACCAAUAUUGCUUCACUAUAAUAACAACUCCAAAAAAAAGAAGAGAAGGAAGAUGAAAGACUUCAAGUUCGAAACAUAUUGGCUGACUGAAGAAGGAUGUGAGGAGACUAUAGAAGGGGCGUGGGAAGGGGCAGCUGGCCUGGAUGUGGUGGGGAAAGUAAUGAUGGUAGGAAGGAGGUUGUUGAGGUGGAGAGAGGAGAGCUCUGAGAAUUUGGGAAAGCAAAUAAAUGCGACUGAAGAAGCAUUACAAAUGGCCCAGGAGAAACCAAUUUGCGUGGAGAGCUGUUUAGAGUGUGCUGAAAUUGAAAAAAAAGUUAUUGGGCGAGUUCCGACAACUGUUUCCCAAGCCACAAACACCAUGCUCCUGAGACCAUACUCGAGAGAGGAAGUUCACACAGCCCUGAAGCAUAUGCACCCGAGUAAAGCCCCGGGCCCUGACGGCAUGCAUGCCAUAUUCUACCAAAGAUUUUGGCAUAUAGUUGGGAACGAUGUGGCAGAUUUUGUGAUUGGCAUCCUAAAUGGCAAUGCUAUUCUGGAAAGGAUCAAUAAGACAAACAUAGCCCUGGUCUCGAAAGUGAAAGAGCCGCAACAUGCUGUUGAUUUUCGACCAAUAAGCCUGUGCAAUGUGAUAUACAAGCUCAUAACGAAAUGCAUUGUUCUCAGACUGAAAGAAGUCCUUCGAAACAUCAUUUCUGAAAACCAAAGUGCUUUUGUCCCGGGUCGGCUUAUUACUGACAAUGCUUUGAUUGCGUUAGAAUGUUUUCACACCAUGAAGAAGAGGAGAAAGGGGCGAAAGGGACACAUGGCAAUGAAGCUAGAUAUGAGCAAGGCUUACGACAGGGUCGAAUGGGGUUUUCUGCGCCAAUUGCUCUUGAAGGUGGGGUUCGAUGGAAGAUGGGUAAAUUUGAGUAGAGCAGCUACGGGGGACAUUCAUGGGAUUAAGCCAUGUCGGAGAGGUCCGGAAAUUUCUCAUCUUCUUUUUGCAGAUGACAGUCUACUCUUUACUAGGGCUAACCGUCGGGAAUGCUCAAACAUUGUUGAUAUCCUCAACCAGUACGAAGCAGCAUCGGGACAAAAAAUUAACUAUGAGAAAUCGAACGUGCCGUUUAGUAAGGGAGUGGAGACUGAGAAAAAAGAAGAGAUGAUUGGAAUUUUGAAAAUGAAGCAAGUUGAGAGGCAUGGACAAUAUCUUGGCAUCCCAAAUAUUGCAGGGAGAUCAAAAAGGGGAGUCUUUGAAGCUUUGUUGAAUAGGGUGUGGAAAAAAUUACAAGGAUGGAAGGAGAAGUUAUUGUCCCAGGCAGGAAAAGAGAUUCUUUUAAAGUCAGUGAUCCAAGCUAUCCCAACUUAUCUCAUGGGGGUAUAUAAAUUCCCAGCAGAGGUGAUUAGGAAGAUUCAUGUGGCAAUGGCGAAUUUCUGGUGGGGGAAAAGUGUGGAUAGAAAAAGAAUACAUUGGAAAAGUAGGGAUUCUAUGUGCACUCUUAAAUGUCUUGGAGGGAUGGGAUUUCGGGACUUGGCAAUUUUUAAUGACUCUCUCCUAGGAAGACAAGCCUGGCGUAUAAUAUCACAAAGCAACUCUUUGCUAAGCAGAGUGAUGAGAGCGAAAUACUACAGGCACUCGGAUUUCCUUGGAUCGUUUCUUGGAUACGGGGGCAGCUUCUCGUGGCGGAGCAUAUGGGGCUCGAAAUCCCUAAUAAAAGAAGGGAUGCUUUGGCGAGUGGGUAAUGGAGAGUGCAUACAGAUAUGGGAAGACCCUUGGAUAUGUGAUGAGGUAGGCCGCUUUGCAACGAGUACUCCAUCAGAGGAUCUUACGAAGGUGAGUGAGCUAAUAAAUACGGAGGCCAUGGCUUGGGACUAUGACAAGAUCCAGGCAAAUUUCAAUGAUCGAGAUAAGAAGUGCAUACUGUCAAUUCCUUUGAGCUUAAGGUGCCCUCCUGACAAACUGAUUUGGGCGUUUUCAAAGGAUGGAGAGUACACGGUGAAGACCUCAUAUAUGCUGGGAAAGGGUUGCAACCUAGAUGAUUUUCAUCAAGCAUGGGUUGAUAUUUGGAAGGCACAAAUUAUCCCGAAAGCCAGGAAUUUUCUAUGGCGCUUUUGCACAGGUACCAUCCCUAUCCGCAUGCUUCUUAAACAUCGCCACCUUGCUGAGAAUGACUGGUGCCCUUGGUGUGAGAAUGAAUCAAAAACCUGGCAGCACACUUUCUUUGACUGUAAACGAAUCCAGGGCUUGUGGAACAGGCUAGGCUGUGAAGAAAUGAAGAAGGAAGCUGCCAAUCUUACUCCUUGUGAUCUCAUUGAAAGUUGGGGAAAUUUGCCGAAGGAUAUCAAGGUACGUGGUAUUUAUCUGAUGUGGGGUAUUUGGCAAGAGAGAAACAUGAAAAUUUUCCAGGGGAAAGAUGGCUCUACUGAUUUACUUGAAGCUCGUGUGUUGAGAUGGGCUGAGGAAAGCAAGAGUCUUGAAGAAAAGCUGAACAAAGUGGGGAUGCCAAUCCCUUGUUUGAGUUCUCGUAGUUGGCUCCCUCCGCCCCAUGACUUUGUUAAAAUCAACACAGAUGCCUCGAUCACCAAUGAGGGAUGGGUAGGCUUGGGUGUAGUGGCUAGGAAUGACGAAGGGUCAGUCUUGUUUGCGGCCUCAAGAAGGAUCAGGGCGUGGUGGUCAGUAGAAAUUGCGGAAGCAAAAGCAAUAGUAUGGGCUCUUAGCCUGGGUGUAAAGUUUGGGAUCACUAAUGCCAUUAUCGAAUCAGAUUGCCAAGUGAUUGUAACGAGACUGUCGAAAGAGAUGGUGCACAACACUGAUCUGGACAUGGUACUAGGUGAUGCGAUGAUGCAGGGAGCUCGAUACAGCAGCCUUCAAUGGAGCCAUGUAAGAAGGGAGGAAAAUGUAGUGGCCCAUAAUCUUGCAAAUUUUAUCCCUUUAGACCUUGAGCAAACUUGGGUUAACUGUGUUCCCCCUACUAUUUCCCCUUAUGUAACAAUGGAUGCUCUUGCUUUUUAA